AUGCAAUUAAUCACAUCAUCUGUCGUCAUUGUCCUUGGUUACUUCGCAGCAUCCGCUGCCGCUGCUGACUGCAAUCCAUCCUAUAACGUUACGGCGGGCCCAGAAUGCAUUAGCAACUGCAGACAGAAAGCUGGCAGUGCCAUGUGGUCUGACUACACCACCGAUCCUACUUCUCCCAAUUAUAUUGAAUCACUGUCCUACGAGUGUGUGAAGGGAACGCCAACCUAUACCACGUUCAUGACCCAAUCCGGCAUUUGUAUGAUGAGCUGUAGUUCCGAUGAUCAAGCAGACUAUGGAAACCGUGAACAUACUGAAGCAUGCGCCUGGUACACGGAACACAGCAGUGAUACCUGCGCUGGUGCCAGUGGAAGUGGCUCCACUGCUUCAGCCUCCGGUAGCGAUGCUUCAGCCUCCGGCAGCGACUCAUCAGAAGAAACGACGGACGAAUCUGCUGCAAACAGUGUUAAAAUGGGUAGCUUGAUGGUUUCCGUCGCUGCUGCAGGUGUUGCCGCCUUGUUACUUUAG